AUGCUUAUAAGGAUGCCAAGUCGCCGGACGGCGACAAACCUCGUCGCCGGAUUACUGGUGCUUCUCGUUUUUGUCGGUCUGGUUCUGCCUUCAUCACGAGCAACAGCCCGUGACCUGUUGUUUACCAAUGGGGAAGCAGGCGCUGGGCCAAAGCAAGAAGCUCCUCCCAAGCCCAAGUACAAGCCGACUCCGACUUACUUACCGCCCCCUAUCAAGGAUAACUUCCCCCUGCUCGCGACGUCGACGCCGCCGCCAAUACCGAAAUGGAACCAGCCGCGCAGCGACAUGCACAAGGAGUACGACCUCCCCGUUGCCCCGCCGCUCUUCAUCGGCUUCACCCGCACCUGGCCGCUCCUCCUCCAAGCCGUGGUUAGCUACAUCACUGCCGGCUGGCCGCCAUCGCAGAUCUACGUGGUUGAGAACACGGGCGUGCAGCAGGCGAACGCGCGCGGCCAGCUCUCGCUGCAAAACCCCUUCUACCUGAACCACACCGUCCUCAAGACCCUCGGCGUCAACGUCAUUACGACCCCGACCCUGCUCAGCUUUGCACAGCUGCAAAACUUCUUCCUCUCCCUCACCUACACCCACGACUGGCCCUACUACUUCUGGAGCCACAUGGACGUGCUCGCCCUCUCUUUCGAAGACGGCCGCGCCGGCCUGACGCCGCCCUACAACCAGCCGGGCUACAAGACCAUCUACGAGUUAGCGCUGGCCGCGCUGCGAGACGCGCGCGCCUCGGGCAAGAAGUGGGCUAUCCGCUUCUUUGCCUACGACCACCUCGCGCUGGUCAACCCGGAGGGAUACGAGGACGUGGGCGGCUGGGACACCAUGAUCCCCUACUACAUGACCGACUGCGACAUGCACACGCGCCUGACAAUGCGCGGGUGGGGCCAGGAGGAGGCCAAGGCGGGCAUCAUCACGGACGUGGCGGCGACGCUGGAGGAUCUGAGCGCGCUGUACCGGGUUGAGGGGGUCGAGGUGCGGUUUACGGACCCGAAUCCGCCGCCGCCCAAGAAGGGGGAGGAGAAGUCCAAGAUAAGGAAGAGAUGGUGGUCGCAACCAAGCUCGGAAGGCACCAGAGACGACGGUGAGCAGCUGCCGAAGGCACGAGAAGAUGCUGCGGUGGGCAAGAGAGAGACGGCGGCUUUGCAACAUGAAACAAGGGAUGAGGAUCCAAACCUCGCCAAGUGGCAUGCGCUUCGCAAGAUCUCCGAUAAGAUGUUCCAGCACAAGCAUGGCGACCGCGAGCGCAACACAUGGCAGCUGGGCCAACACGGCGGGGAGGGCGAGCCGUUCUACUACGACGCGGCCGGUUUCGCCGAAGCACUCGACCUCAUAACCGAGACGGGCAGAGAAGUGUUCAGACGGAAAUGGGGACACCGCGGCUGCGACUUAAUAUCCGGCGCGGGUCUGAAGUACGACGAUGCAUGGAAGGUCAAGAAGGAUUGGGAGAAACGGUGA